AUCGGAGGUUGGUGCGUCAGUAUUAAAAAAAAAAAAAAAUCUUGCAGAUUUGAAGCAUUUGGUGGCAGCACUUGAGAAGCAGGCGGAUAGAGAAGACUUUCCUUCAGUGACGCUGAGCUGCACAACAACAAGCCUCUCCUACAGCUUGCUUCCCCAGACUACCCGAAUUUGUAUGGUACGACUUGCAGAAGCUCCACGUCCUCCUCCAGAAAAUGAACCCCGGAAGCAGGCACUGAGACGAGACAGAGAUGUGGAUGUCUGGGACGCUCCGUCGCCUCCUCCUAGCCUGGAGCUAUCUCUGUGUCUAUGGAGCCCCUGUCCAACUCCCAAACUUCAGCCCCACCACGCAAGACAGCUCCUGUGAAAGGGAGUGCGCCAGUUCAUUAACAACACCUGGGUCAAUACGUGCCACAGAUGUUAAACCCUCACCCCCAGACACCGGACAUGUGAUGGGCCUGGUGCUGAAUGCAGGAGGAGGAGGAGGGACUGGCCCAGAUGGACGACCUGAGGGGAUAGAACCAGUGACGCAGACAGAAAAUGGGGACAGUCUUGGUGGGCGAUCUGGGCCGAGCGAGGAUGGCACAGAGGCGAGGAGCCAAAGGAGGAAAGUAAAGAGCACGCUCGAGAUCGGAGACCCAGCCUCAGUUGAUCCGGAGAGUAGAAACCAGGAUGUGCCUGUCAGCGUAGAGGAUUUAAGUCCUCCAGGUGACGGAAAGCAAACGGACAUGGACCUGAGUAUUCCAGAAAGGACCCCAGGUAGAUCGCUGGACUUCACGACAGCGCCGCCACAGCUGGACAGGGUGAGCCAGACAAUGCUGCCUGGCUUUGAUCCUUUCCAGGACAAAGACCCAGAACCAAGCUUGGCAUCUUCUCCAGAACCUCCAAAUCCCUCCAUGCCCCCCUCACACAAUCCCAUCCCUCCCUUGGUAUUCAUCACACCUCGGACAUCCACACCUUUUGCUCUUUGGGGCCACGAUGGAGCUACGAUAUCCUCGCUCCCAGACCCCUAUUUACCCGAAAUUGGACCAAGCCUGAUUCCCAGAGAAGACAGCCCAGAAAGCCUAUGGACCGAGGCAUCAAGACCUGGAGGAGACACCGCGGCCCUGCUGUCUCAAGACGAAGCCACAGAGGCCACCAUGUCAUCAGAGGCUCUCCCUCUCAUCUUUGAGCCUUUUGAAGAUGUCACACCAGAGGGAGCGGCAGCAGCGGUCACCCUGGUACCAGGCAGCGCUCAGCCUCCCGGUGCCAUGGCGACUAGGGGGCUGCCUCUGGCAGACGUGGACCUGGAUCAGCUGGUCACAGUGGAGAGUGACAGCGACGGCCCCUCACAGGCCAAGUCCAUGCUGAUGCCAGACUGGACUUCACCUUGGCAGACAUCUGGCGCUGAGCUCCUGGAGCCAAUCGGCUCCUCGGGUCCAUCCACCUCACAGCAGCAAGGUCUAAUUGAGAUGGAGGAUGGUUCAGAGAAAGUUGCUGAGAGGAGACCAAACCUUGAAGACAACUUGCCCUCCACCGACACCCCCCUCUCAUCCUUCCAGCAUGCUAUGACAACUGUAACCACGGCAACCCAUCAUCCGGUGCACAAGUCCAGAUCUGGGUUAGAGGAGAUGGAGUCUGAGGAGGAGGACGAAGAUGACGAGAACUCUGAGGAAUCGGUGGAAGAAGAUAGCGAGGAGGACCUGACAGAAACGCCUAAAACAUCCUCAACGCAGCCUCCGUACAGUCUCAUCCCACCACCUCCAGUCUGGGUUCAACAAAACCAGGGACUGAUGCGUAGCUGGGUAGAGCUGAUCAGAGAAAAGGCUGGCUAUGUGUCUGGGAUGUUGGCCCCUGUGGGCAUCGGCAUCACGGGGGCCCUGCUGAUCGUCGGCGCCCUCUACAGCAUCAGGAUGAUUCACCGCAAGAGGAGGAACAGCUUCAAACACCAGAGGAGGAAGGUCAGGCAGCCAGAGCAACCCCGAGAACCCGGCACCAGCCGUCAGGACCAAGCCAUGCUGCUGGCCGACAGCUCAGAGGAUGAAUUCUAAUGAGAGCUUCUGGGUUUUCUUUUGUGGCCGACCAACGGAGGCUUGGCGAACACCCCCAUCACUAUGACUACCGCAUCUCCAAUCACCCUGGGUUGUUUGGCUAUGACUCAUCUGAUCCACAGAAUGUGACUGAGUACAGGGCACAAUUUGCACAGGCUGCACACAGGUCAGCGCUGUGCCCCCCCCCCUCCCUUUCCAAAAGUACCAAUGCGAGCACUUUUCUAAAUGUCGUCAGGUGAUGUCGAUGACUCUAGAGGCCUGGCAGGGCUGGUGCGCAGCACUUUGACGUUAAAAAAUAAUACCGUUGCUCAUAAAUUAAAAAAAAAAAAAAAAAAAAUGCAUUAGCAGGAUGGUAUUGACAGGGUGAAAGCGUUGGUAUUAGGUUCGGCGGCUUUGUGGAGUGAAGCGGGAAAAGCGAGAACCAACAGGGUUUCUGUCGAGUGACAAAAGGGCUGUAGAAGAGUCGCAUUACGCAGGCGAUGUAAAUACAUGUACCGUAUAUGUAGCUGACUCUGGGCCAGUUGAGUUAGUGUAAAUAAAGUCUUAUUUCUUGCUGAACAUCUAUGAUAUAUAAAGGAAUCAUUUGGGGAAUACUAUUAUUUGCUUUUUUGCUUGGAGCUGGAUGUGACCAUUGUAAAGUUGGGAAACGUGGUGACUUUACCGACACGUAGAUUCUCCCAAGAUUUGCAAAAUCACAAAAUCACAUGACAAUCUGUACAGCCACACUUCCAAUUAUGUACGGACCAGCAGUGGAAGAAUGACUGGCAGCUAUAGGCGAGUUUUAAAGCAAGUUUUGUGAUUAUUAUUAUUGCUAUUAUUGCUUUGCUAGUUUAUCCAUCUGCCAGUAGCCUGCAUAUGAGGGGGAAUUGGAAACAUCUGUAAAUGGCAGCUAGAGACAAUAACCUGGUUAAAGUUUCAUAAGUCUCCGCAACUCAUGGUGUCCUGUCCACCGCCACAAAUAAACUCUCAGCCUGUGGAAAACACUGCAGUAAAUCUUGGGGCACAUUAAUAAGAACGUUUCUUUCCUUCGUGCCAAAAGAGCUGAGGAGAAUCAGAUGAUUUGUCAGAGAUACAAGAUAAAGGUGCCGUUAUCGUAGAGUGGCUCGGUCAAAAUGUACCAAAACCUGCCUACCACUGCUCCUAAAACGCACAAACAAAAUGUUAUAUCGGGUUAAAUCCAUACAAAAAUAACACUAAAGUACUUGCAGGCUGAGGGCAUUCGUUGUCUUUACCUGCUAAACAAACAAGAUGUAAGGAUGUAAGAGGUUCUGUCAGAGCUAUGAAAGACGUCCUGUUUCCAGUCUUUUCUGGUUUCACAUUUACCUGACAGAUAUACUGCCUGUGGCAUCAAACACCUGAUCCAACUCCUGGUAUAAAAGCGAACAAGUGCUCCUCUCCAAAAGAUUUUCCUUGUUAGACCCCUUUUAGAAAGCGUCACGUGCGACACUUUUGAAUUAAUGCUUGGUUUUAAAUGUGAGAUUUGUGGAAAUAUAUACGUUUUAUUCAGAUCCAGAGACGUUACUGGUGUGAAGCGCAUACAAAAUACCAUCAUCCUAGAAACGUAUGUAGCAUAAAACAGAUUUCGAUGUACAAUGUAACUAUGAACUCACUGCGAAACGUUCCUUUGUUUUUUUUUUUUUAUCUCCUCUGCAUGACUGUGUCUGGGUCUAUUCAUACAGACUUGUCGCAGACACUUCUAUUGAAUGAAGUGUUUCUGUGGGCUGGAAAAGCACAAACACUGACAACAAUGAAGCAGGAGUUCACAUUUUAACAUGUCAAACUUUUUUUUUGAAACUAGCUCAGUCCGUACAAUGGUGUUAUUUGUGUGCCUCCGUCAAGAGCCGAUAAAAGGAGACGUUUUGCCCGACACAUUCAGGCCCAGAACGACAUGUUUCCGACGCUGUGGGUUAUGUCAGAUUAAGCCUGAAACGCUGUGAGAGUGAAUAAAAGGAGUCAUUUACAGUCUUCUGUCGUGGUCCAGACAGAAAAGAGGCAUUUCAAGGUGUCUUUGGUUAAAACCUAUAUUCUAUCAAUAAAGAGCCAUGUGUCAUGUUUAAUGUACAAUGUACAAUGUGUCUGUUUAUAUGCAAUAAUACUGUUUUAGGGUUAAGUGUGAUGUACAACACAGGACACUUUUCUUUUUUUGUCUCUAUAUGUAGAUAUGAAACAGGUCGUGGUCAAAUAAACAAUUCUUCUAGA